ACGAUAAGAAAAUCCUCCCAAAAUCACAAACACCCACAAAAAAACCUUAUAACAAUCCUCAUUACCUUUUCUUCCACUCUUUUUCUCUUGCAAAAUCCCCAAACACUUAACCAAAAAAAACACCACCAUUUUCAUUUCAGUGUAUCAUCAGUCCAACAAUGGCGUCUACUGCAGCAACACCCACCUCAUUCUCUCUCCUCCAAUCUUCUUCCUCACACACUUCCUCCUCUACUCGCUCUCCCUCCUUCGUCCGCCUUGCAUCCACCCUCCGCCCUCCUCUCCGCCGUCUAGGAUUCGUCGGUUCUGCCGCUGAUGCCAGCUUCUCCUUCCAUGUUGUCUCGAAGAUCCAAUCAUACAAAUCACUUUCUUCUAACCCCAUUAGAGGGGUUGCUUCAAUGGCUAAGAAGAGUGUUGGCGACCUCACCUCUGCUGACUUGAAGGGGAAAAAGGUGUUCGUUAGAGCUGACCUUAAUGUCCCUCUUGACGAUAGCCAAAACAUCACUGAUGAUACUCGAAUUCGUGCUGCUAUUCCUACUAUCAAGCAUUUGAUCAACAAUGGUGCUAAAGUCAUUCUUUCCAGUCAUUUGGGGCGGCCUAAAGGUGUUACUCCGAAAUACAGCUUGGCACCACUUGUACCCAGACUUUCUGAACUCCUUGGUCUUCAGGUUGUGAAGGCUGAUGAUUGCAUUGGUCCAGAGGUUGAGAAGCUUGUUGCUGGACUCCCUGAAGGUGGUGUUCUGCUGCUUGAGAAUGUUCGAUUCUACAAGGAAGAAGAAAAGAAUGAUCCUGAGUUUGCACAGAAGCUUGCCUCCUUGGCAGAUCUUUACGUAAAUGAUGCUUUUGGCACUGCCCACAGAGCCCAUGCAUCAACUGAGGGAGUUACUAAAUUUUUGAGGCCAUCUGUUGCUGGCUUUCUCUUACAGAAGGAAUUGGACUACCUUGUUGGAGCUGUUUCAAACCCAAAGAGACCUUUUGCUGCUAUAGUUGGUGGUUCAAAGGUAUCUUCCAAAAUUGGAGUUAUAGAGUCACUUUUGGAGAAAUGUGAUAUUCUACUCCUUGGAGGAGGUAUGAUCUUUACAUUCUACAAAGCUCAAGGUUUAUCAGUGGGAUCUUCUCUGGUGGAAAACGAUAAGCUUGAGCUUGCAACUUCUCUCCUCGAGAAGGCCAAGGCAAAGGGUGUGUCUCUUUUGUUGCCUUCUGAUGUUGUUGUGGCGGACAAGUUUGCUGCUGAUGCUGACAGCAAGAUUGUCCCUGCAGCUGGAAUCCCUGAUGGCUGGAUGGGAUUGGACAUUGGACCUGAUUCUAUUAAGAAAUUUAGUGAUGCUUUGGACACUACCCAGACAGUCAUCUGGAAUGGUCCCAUGGGAGUCUUUGAAUUUGACAAGUUCGCUGUUGGCACAGAGGCUAUUGCCAAGAAGCUAGAGGAGAUUAGUAAGAAGGGUGCAACCACAAUUAUUGGUGGUGGUGACUCUGUUGCUGCAGUAGAGAAGGUAGGAGUCGCAGAGGCAAUGAGCCACAUAUCAACUGGUGGUGGUGCUAGUUUGGAGCUGUUAGAAGGCAAAGAACUUCCUGGAGUGCUUGCUCUUGAUGAAGCCGAGCCAGUUCCGGUUUAAGACAAGUUCAUCACGGAAUACAAAUUCUAUUUUUUCUCAUCUUCCCUUUCCCAGGUUCAGCCUCUUAACAUGAGUUUGUAACUGAGAAACAGAUAUAAAAUGAGCCUCUUUGUAGAUACCAUUAUUUGCAAUAAAUGUGUUUGAUGUUGAUCAUAUGAAGAUGUUGCACAAAUUUUGUGGAAAUACGUAUUUCAUACAGAAGAAUCAUGAUGUUGACGUGU